AUGCAAUUACAAUCACUAUUUCCUUCUACCGCUUUAAAUUAUUACAAAACUCCCUCUAAUACAUUGUUAUCAUCAUUAUUAUUAUUAUUAUUAACAGCAAACCUAUUUCCCAACUUGGCCGAAGCUCGUGUAACGAAGGUUAAUACGAUCGAAACUUUUUAUAACAAUGCUCGCAAUGAAAGAAAUUAUACAUUUGUUAAAUAUUUUACCAAUUGGUGUUCUCAUUGUAAAAGAUUAGAACCUAUCUAUAAAGAUCUAAGUGACAACUACAAAGUAUCCACUGGAAAUAUCACUCUAUUUGAUAUUCCCUUAAACUUGGAAGAAAUAGGUGAGACUUCGAUUGAUAACAAAAUUAACAUUAAUUUCUUGGAGGUUGAUUGUGAACAAUUUGGUAGGUUUGAAAUUUGUUCCAGAUUAGAAGGGUUCCCUUAUUUGGAGGUCAUUAAACCACUCAAAAAGGAAGAACAAACCCUGCCACAAGAGGAAGAGAAACCAUUAGGGUUUUGGAAAAAGCUUUUAAGUGUUUUUUUCAUAUUAGACGACAAUUUAUUAAAUUUUGUAGACAGAACCGUUGAAUUUGAUGGGAACAGAGAUUUACAAUCAUUGACUAAAUUUCUCGAUAAUAUUAUUUUGCAUGAUUAUAACUUAAAUUUGAUUGAUAGGAUUAUCGCAUCCGAAUGUGAACCUAAUGGUGAUGCGAUAUGCCACCGUGCUGCUGAAUACCAUAGAAAUAUUAGUGAUUUGGAUACUGAAGAAAUUAUGUUGGAAAAUAGUCUUUUAGUCACUAAAGAUAGUAACGAUUUAGCGGCUUUACCUGAGCUUAAAUUUAAAUUACUGUUAAUUCAAGCAAUGAAAAAGAAAAAAGAACAACAACAACAACAACAACAAAAUGCAAAAUCAAUGGAAUAUGAUGAAUUAUAA